CCUCUCGUUGGCCCUUUAAGAGCUCUGGGAAGAGGUGGUGCUAAUUUGCAGACGUGGCGCCGGCGCUGCUGAAGCGCUCCGGGCCGGGCCUGUCACCGCGGAGCUCGGAGAAGGGACGCUUCCGUGGAGGCUGUUGACAUGACGCUGGCCUGGGGAGGGACAGAGUUCUCAUGACAGGAUGACAGGAAAAAGCCAGAAUUUCAAUUUCCAGCUUCCAGCUGUAGUGCAGCCUACAGUGGAUAGCCAUGCAUAUCCAUUUGGGAAUGGUAUUAGUUCUGAUAGUGACGUGUUGGAAGAUGAAGUGGAGGUCUAUGAACUGCGGCCCCGGGGAAGGGAGAAAGUCCGAAGAAGUACAUCAAGGGAAAGGAUGGAUGAUAUUGUAUUUAUAACCAAGGAGAUACAGGAAGGAGAUACAUUAAAUGCAAUAGCUCUUCAGUAUUGUUGUUCAGUAGCAGAUAUCAAAAGGGUGAACAACCUUAUCACAGAUCAGGACUUCUUUGCACUAAGAGCUAUUAAAAUUCCAGUGAAGAAGUUCAGCCUAUUGACUGAGACACACUGUUUUCCAAAAAGCAGGCAAGUUUCAAGAACUGCCUCUACUUCAUUCUCUGCAGAAUUCUCAGAUACAUCACUAGCUACUGAGCAAUUUUCCUCCACUGAGACUGUUGGUAACUUCUUGAAAGAAGUAGAUCGUGAUAUUGAACAAAUAGUGAAGUGUAAUGCUACAAAGCGAGAGAAUCUGAAUGAAGUUGUUUCUGCCUUAACAACCCAACAAUCAAACUUUGAGCCAGAUGGUAACCACAUCAAGCAGAAAGAUCCUUAUUAUGGAGCAGACUGGGGAAUAGGAUGGUGGACAGCAGUAGUAAUAAUGGUCUUGGUGGGCAUAAUAACACCUGUUUUUUAUCUUUUGUACUAUGAGGUUUUAGUUAAAGUGGAUGUCAGUCACCAUUCUACAGUGGAAUAUUCAUCAGUUACAGCACCAUCAAAACCAUUAGAAAAUAAUGUAAUGAACUAGCAUCUUUCAUGAACAUUGAAGUUUUUAUUUUUACAUGCUAAAGGUCUGGCCAUCCAUUCAACAUAUUCUGCAAAGUGAAAAGAACAACAGGACCUGCAUGGAAAUAGGAUGUAGCUAUCUUUGAGAUGGUAUUUAAUAAGAAGCACAUUUGUUAUCUUGCUAUGUGUAUGGAAGAAGUUACACUUCAGCAGAGGAACUGUUAAGUUCAAUAUGUUGCUAACUUGAAUACAGAUCACCUGGAUCUGCCACAAUACUUGGAUUUAAGCUGCUGUAGUCCUAUUGAAGUUAAUGGGACUAAAUACAGUUUAAAUGGAAGUACCUUAAGUUAGUGUAAACUUCAAAAAGCCUUUCAUCAUGUUUGCUGAAAACAUGAAUCUUUAGUCUGGAUGUAUUGUGAGUAUGAAACCUUUCUGUAUUCCAAAAAGACACACCGUUAUCUUUCAUCGUAAGUAUAAUACUGGGAUUAGAAAUAGUUUGGCUUAUCAGAUGUGCUGAACAAGUACAGUUCUCUGGGCUGCUGAUCUACAUAGUCUACUUUGACAAUGCUAUGUAGAGUACUAUAUCAUGGAAAGAGACUAAUAGGACUAACUGCAUGUUGCAUGCAGAGAUGUUCAACAGUGUUCUGACAAAGUUCUUUUCUGUUUUUUUAAACAACUUUGGGAGGGGAAAAACUUUUCAGCAAGGAAAAGGUAUGCUUAAGCCUUUCCCUACUUGUAACCUCAUUGCCCUCCCCCAACCCCAGUCGUUGGUCAUCCCAGGUUGCCCCUGGGAUCCCCUGGUUGUCAUUUAGAUGCACAGGGACAAUCCAAGGACUACCCCAGGAUAUAGGGCUGGUGUAGACAUGCCCCCUGUUUUAAGCUGAGUGCUAUUUUGGCAUACAUAGGUCUACUUUUCUGAGUAGUUUACUCUUUUUAUGCCAUUAUACAACCUUCUGUUUUCUGCACACUUUUUGAUGUGCUCCUCUGAAUCAGGGCUCAAGUGUGUUUACAUGAUAUGUAAUGCUAAAGUGUACAUCAUGUAAAGUAACAUGUUCAGAUAAGUGAAAUAAUAGAAGCAAAGAUUAAUCUUUAAUUUCCCCCUUCAGGUAAAAGCUUUAGCAACUGUUUAGUUACUUACAAUUGAACAAUGAAAACUAGUGUGACUCUUUUAAGCCAAACAUACAUAGAGGAAAAAAUAGUAGUUAGUAAUGCUAGAGCUGCUUCCCAAUCUUCCAUGGAAUUGGUAGUCCUCAUCUACUGUAUCUUGCACAUAGAGUGGCACCCCUAUAUUUACUUUCUGGAUGCAUUAUUCUUGUUCAUAUCUCUGGGAUUUUGUACCAGAGAACUUAGCUAGCAUACAUGUGUUCCCUUACCAUUCUUAACCUUGUAUGAAACUGACAAACACUUCCUGACAUCCCCUCUGCUCUCUAGUGGGUGGAGGGAAGUAGUACUGUGUAAACCAGAGUGAGGUGCAUGCAUUACAUUUUGAGAGAAAAGCAGUUUUGCCUUUGAAGAUGGCUGGCUUGGGACUAUUGUUGGGGCAGCCACUGAAGUCUAUUACUCUAUUUAAAAAGAAUAACUGAGCAUAAACAAUGCACAUUGAAAGAGACACCAUCAGAUGUUCAGCUACACAUUGCUUUCACUAGGAUGCCUAUGGCACAACUAGUCAAACAAGUAUCAUUUUUAUGUGAGACCAGAGCUGGAUCAGGUGGCAGCAGAAGAGACAAGAGUGGAGUUAAUGUCCAUAGCAAGAGCUGCACAACUAGAUGAGUCCCUUCAGCUAGCGGAAUACUAAACCUUAAUUAUCCCAGGUGGUGUUGGUCCUUCUUUCUCUUUUUUAGUUCAGCUAAAAUUCAAAAUCAAUUGCCCUCCUGUCUUCUCCAGGCUUCCUCUUAUCAGCUAAUCAAUGUUAUUUAAAAAGCAGACCUAUUGUCAUCUAGAAGCACCCUAGGAAACCUAUUCCAUCAUGUUCUAAAGAGGGAAAGAAUACUGGUUCCCAGUGAUAGCUCAUGCAUGUGGCUAGCCUGCAAGAAAAGAAACAAGUGAAAUGGAGGGAAUGCGAAACUACGAGUUGCAUAUGUCCACUCCCAAAAUUUAAAACAUUUUUGGUUAUACAAUCGACAGAUCAGUGGAGUGGAAUGCCAAGCACAGACAAUUGACAGAAGAACUUUAGAAUAAAGGAAGUUAUAGGCCUAGUAGACUAUUUAGAAAUGCCGUCUGUCUGAACUACCUUGAGUUGUUCUUGAGUUACUGGGACAUGCAAUUGGUGUCCCAGAGCUAUAUUUUUCUGGUAAUUACUUGAAUUGAGAUGUUUUGAAAACCUAAUGUACAAGACAGCAAAAUAAUCGCAUUAUCAGCAUAGUAUUAUGUACCAAAAAUACAAUUUUGAGAUUCAUCGUAGCUCCAGAGCCUGUGCCUUAUUUAUACAAUUUAAUAAUUUAAACCAUUGUAUUUUGUGAAAGGAUGAGUAGUACACUCAUGAAAUGGAAGGUCUUUCUGAAUUAUUAGAAGAAGGGUGGAGGGAAGAGCACCAAAAAUGUAAGCAAAAAGAGGGAGAGACUAGCUCUGGUGCAAGGAUUCUUUAUUUUUCUUGUUUAAAAAAACUUUUUUUGUUUAAAAGAUUUUUUUUUGUAAAAAAGCCCAAUGUUUCGGAUGUAGGGAAUCCUUCUUCAGGGGCUGUUUUGAGAUAUUAGCUGGUAAACAACCGUGGUAAGCUGUUUUAUCACGCAACUGUACUGACGGUUUCUCUCAAGUUUUCGCUCGUCAGUGCAAGGGAGUCGCUUCUCCAAGCUGCAACAAAAAAUCAAAGUUUUUUUUAAACAAGAAAAAUAAAAAUCCUUUCACCAGCACCAGAGCUAGUCUCUCCCUCUUUGUGCUUUCUGAUUUAUUACCAUCAGCAUAUGUUUUAUUGAAGACACUGAAAUAUUUUAUGUGUACAUCUGGAAUUGGCAGUGACAUUACUUCUCAAUCUACAUUGACUUCCCUUCAAGUGUGCUCUUGCUAUAUGUAUUGCUGUUUUCCAAAAUAUUCUGUUGCAGUCUUAAACACAUGUGGGGAACCUGUGGUUUGGAAAAGGGUCCAAAAGUUAAGUUACAGAAAAAUGAGGUCUAAACUGUGCAUUUGAGUGAUGCUACUGACACCUUGACACAUCAAACAGUCCUAUCUUAAGCAUGUCUUUAUUUUAAUGGCAGUACAGAUUACAUGUGUUCUUAGGAUUGCCACCUUGAGUAUUAAGAAGUUCCACUGAAGAAAAUGGGGAAAAGAUUGAGGUUCAGGAUAACAGAUUUCUAAUACAAUACUUGGUUGAUCAGGCAGUCGGCUCUUAAUCUGUGUAUUGAAUCAUGAAAAGAGUUUAUUUAAUUGAUUAUUCUAGGGGACACUGCCACAAAUGUUCUUUGCAUAAUGAAAUAUUUUGUAAGUUUCAGAAUUUAUAAAAAGCUUUUGACCAGAAUUUCUUUGAUGGAAUUGAAAAUUCAAAAGGAAAAGUACAAAUAAAAUAUAUAUUUUUUA